AUGAAGUUCAGCAGUGUCCUCUUCGCGGCUUCUCUUCCAAUGUUGGCGAACGCGGGCGACUUUAUGACGAGCACCCGCGUUUCCGAAGAUACAUUCGAAUACGACAUUGAAAAGUGCACAGAUGGAAAUCCAUGUUCUAUGUACUUGGUGAGAUGGCCGGACUUGAAGCGGCUAGCAACUAUUUUUGAAAGGAAGGCGGGUAGGAAAUUCACAAUAAAGAUUCAGAAUGUCCCUUCUGGAACGUACAUCUUUGAGGUUACGGGUGGUGAGGACAAAAGGACGAGGUUUAGCACGCGGUUUACCUAUCGUACAAACUUGGUGACUAGAGAUGGAACAACAUCUACGCCAUCAGGGUCUGGUACCACUUCUUCCGGCGACUCUACAGGUACGUCGACUGGCUCUUCAACUGGUCCUUUGACGAGCACACCGGCCAGCACGUCGGCGGGCGGCGGCUCAACGACUAUCCAGACAGGUAGUUUGACGAGCACGUCGGUUGAAACGUCCAAGACUUCGAAGGCAUCAGGGACGUCCGGAGCAUCGGGCACGAAGGGACCAUCUUCAACUUCGGCGGCACCAUCCUCGACUACGACUGCAUCAAGCUCCGGGGUCCGGGCGGAAGUUAAUUUGUGGGAGAUUGCGGGUAUUGUUAUGGCGGUGCAAUGGCUUUCGAUUUGA